AAAAAAAUUCAAAAAUAAAUAAAGAUGGGCAAAAAAGAAAGGCGAAAGUUAAGCAACGUAAAAACACCGCAUUCUAAUAAACUUGUGGAACAGUCAAAUCGUAAUGCAAUACUUAUUGAACCCUUACUUGCGCGAUUUGAUACUCCUAAUGCAGACUUUUUCGCAUUAGUUACUCAAAGUGUAGAUCGUCAUCGAUUGAGAGUAUUCGAUACGCAUGCUGGAACAGUUAUUAACGAUUUUUCUUCAGAAUCCGAAGAAAAAUUUAAUUGCUUGACUUGGGGGAAAAUAGAUUUAAAUAAAAAAGUUGAUACACCUUCGCCGAAAAAGAAAAAGAAGCUUUCAUCUGAAAAUGAACAAUGUAUUAAAGUAAUUGCACUAGGGUCACAAACUGGAUCAAUAAUAAUUUAUUCUAUUUCACAUGGAUCCAUUAUAAAAACUUUAAGUGGAACGCAUACAUCACCAAUUAAUGACUUUAUUUUUACUAAAGAUUGUAAAAAGGGUUAUUCUUGUGGUGAAGAUAUGAACAUUGUGGAAUGGAAUAUUGAUAAUGAAAGUGUCAUUAGUAAAUGGAAUGUUGGUUCGCAAAUGACGAAAUACAAACUUGGUCUAUCACAUGAUGAAACUAAAUUAUUAUCAGUAGGACAUAGUAUUAUAAUGUGGGAUCUGCAAUCUAAGGAAAUUCAUAAAACCUUUACUGGUCACGCGACUAGGAUCACUAAUAUUAUGUUUUCGGCGAAAGAUGAACUAUUUAUAACUUCCGCAGAGCAUGAUCGAUUUAUAAAUAUUUGGAAGUGCCAAGAUAAUGGCAACCUGGAUGCUUUGACCCUGGAUGAAAACAUCACAAAUCUUUCGAUUUCUAAAAUGAACACUGUUUUAGCAGUCUCUGAAGCUGGUGUAUUAUAUAUAUUUAAAGAUAUUACAUCUUCAUUAUCAAAUGACACAACACUGCAGAACAAAAGAAAGAAACGGUUUACAACCCACAAAGCUGAAGGUCAGAUAAAAUUUCUUAACGAAGAUGGCGCAGAUAUAAUACCUAUACUCUCCGCUUGUUUUGUUGAAAAUGAAGAGGAUAAAGAGAUGGGUUGCAUAAUGGUUGCUAGAGGGAGCACCGUAAAACCAGCUUUUGAAAAAGUGCAAUUCACAAGUAAGAAUGUUGAUACACCUUUUCAAGAUAUAAUAUUAAAGCGUCAUCAACCGACAGGAUUUUUAAUGAAUGAUUCAGAUUUAGCUGCUAGAAACCUGCAAGAAACACAAAAGCUAUAUGAUGAUUCAAAAGUCAAAGUGACAGGAACAACAAACUAUGAAUUACCCAACAUUACCGCGCCUGACAAUGAAGGUUUGGAAGAUAUAAAUAAAAUUGAGAUAAAAGACUUGAAUACGGUAGACGAUGAGAAUAAUCCAAACCAGAAGCCUGAAGCGGAACAACACAAAUUCAAGAAAUUCACAGGACACUCCGUGCAACAAAUGCUUGUUCAAGCUUUACAUUCGAAUGAUAAACAACUUAUUUUGGUCGUAUUGGAGCAAACAGAUCCUGAUAUAAUCAAUAAUACAGUGAAAAAAUUACCAACAAAAUAUAUUGUACCAUUUCUUGAGAAAGCAAUUACAAGAUUUCAAGAAAAGCCUAAUGCAGGAGCACAUAUUCUACAAUGGAUUAAAGCAGUUUUGUUAUUUCAUAUGACUUAUUUAAUGACGAUUCCAGAUUUGACUCGCAAACUUUCAAAUUUUUAUCAAACGUUAGAUGCCCGUGUGAUGGUUUUCCAGAAAUUAUUGAAUUUUUAUGGACGUCUUGACCUGGUUAUGCAACAAGUAUCGAUGCAUCAACAAGAUGUUAUAAAUACUUCUAAUGAUCCUAUAUUAUCUUAUAUUGAGAGCAGUGAUGAAAAUGAGGAUGAUGAAAGCGACGACGACGACGAAGAUGAAGCAAAGGAUUCUGGAACAGAAGAAACGGAUGAAGAACAAGAAGUAUUUAUAAAUCGUGAUUUGGAUAAUGGACAUUUGGAAGAGGAUGAAAACGAAAGUGAAGAUGAAGACGAAGAUGAAGAAAUGAUCGAUGCAGUCAAAGGCAACGAUGAUGAUUAUAAUGAUGGUGAAAGUAAUAUAGGGAAUGAUGAAAUCGUGGAAGAGUUAGAAAAGGAUAACCUUAAUGAUAAUAAAGGAAAUGAUUCUGAGGAUAAUGAUGAGGAUGAGAGAGAUGUAGUUAAUAACUACAUGGAUAUUGACUAUGAAAAUAAUAAUGAAGACAAUGAAGAUGAUAAUGAGGGAGAUGAAACUGGAGAUAAUGAUGAAAAUGACGAUGACGAUGAUAACGAUGAAAUAGAAGCCAAUGAUGAUGAUGACGAUGAGGAGGAAUGAAGUGUCGAUCUGAGAAUGAUGUUUAAUAUUCAUUUCAAUUAUACUAAUGUCAUUAGGGAGUCAAUUUUAAUAUUUACCAAAAUAGAAAAGAAAAGUAUUAAUAAUUUUAUUCGAAGAUAUUCUUUUUAUUGACUUUUUAAUUAUUUGUAAAUUUUUUUUAUAU